AGGAAUCUUUAUGGCGCAAUCCUCUCUCCCUUUUCUUCCAUUCCACCCUCUUCGACCUCACAUCGCGUCUCUGCAUCGCCCAGUCAGCAGCCGCCGUUCUUUUACAAGUUGCAUAUUUACAUACAGUCACUCGUUUCCCCCUUCCCGCUCUCGCUUUUUCACCCUACACGUACCUAAUUUUUAUACCUACUCCCAGUCUCUCGUUAUUCAGUUGCAAAAGCCUCUUGAUCUCACUUGAGACGCUUGUGUUCGAACCGUUAGCUUUAGACUUCCCAACCUAACUAUCAAAAUGCGUUUCACCGCCGCCGCCGUCCUCGCUUUCGCGAGCGCAGUUGUUGCCCAGACUGCUGGGUUUGAUGUCUUCUCGAAGCCUACUCAAGGCGAGGAGAUUCCUGCCGGAUCCAACUAUGAGAUCGAGUGGCAGCCCAGCAGCGACUACACCGGCACCGUGACCAUUACUCUCCUGGGUGGCGUUGCCCCCAACAAGCUCGAUGACAUUGCUGUCGUCGCAAAGUCCAUUGACACCGCGGCUGGUUCUUACGACUGGGCCGUUGGCGAGGAUCUUGGCAAGGACGCUGUCUAUGGUCUCCGUAUCAACCUGGACUCGGACUCGACUGUUUUCCAAUACUCGUUCCCCUUCGUCAUCAAGGCUGGCAGUGGUUCGGCGAACUCGACCGGCAGCGCCUCCGCCUCCGCAUCCGCCUCUGCCUCUGCCUCUGCCUCAGCCACCGGCAGCAGCUCGGCCUCGGGCUCCAGCAACGGCACCUCUACCAUCUCUGCCACCUACACCCAUCACACCAGCGCGACCAAGUCUACUUCGGCCCCGGUCACCUCGGGCACUGGCGCCCCGACCGAGACCGUCGUCACUCUCACCACCACCCCCUCCGCUUCCGCCUCCGGCACCUCCCCGCCCGCCACCGUCCCCAGCAACCCGGCAGGGACUGUUGCGGCCAGCUCGUUGGCUCUCAUCGGCGGCCUUGCCAUGGCCAUCUUUGCUCUGUAAAAGGUCGAAUGUCCGAAGCCCGGGUCGAUAAUGCAGCUGCUGUGUGUCGCCGGGAUUUUUUUUCAUUCUUCAUUAGGAACCUAAUUGGUCAGGGGCAUGCGCGCCGUGCACUGGAGCGAGGGAAUGUUGACAAAGGGAACCCGGUUUUGGUCUCCCAAUUACGGUUGGGAAUCUCAUAGACGAUCUUUGCGAUCGCCCGUUCGCGUCUCAUCUGGGUAGUUGUUUAGAGUUAGAGGGACGUAUACCUCUUGUAUCUAAUGGCGUUAUAUUCCGUAAGCUUGACAACGAUAUCAUACCUGUCUAG